AGUAAAAUAACAAUGCCGAGUAUCUAGGCGGGUCUGCUCAGAACCAGGAAAUAUCUAGUGCUAUUCACACACAGAUUCAGGCAAACUACACCAUAUUCUGAACUAAAUCUGUGUCACUUUGAGCAGUAAAAUGGCACAGGCUGCCUGUCUUCUGGAUCAGGACCAGUUCAGCUGUUCGAUCUGUCUGGAUCUACUGAAGGAUCCGGUGACUAUUCACUGUGGACACAGUUACUGUAUGGGCUGUAUUAAGGGCUGCUGGGAUCAGGAUGAUCAUACUGGUGUCUACAGCUGUCCCCAGUGCAGAGAGACCUUCACCCCAAGACCUGUUCUUGGCAAAAACACCAUGCUGGCUGAAGUGGUGGAGAAACUGAAGAAGACAGGACUCCAAGCUGCUCCUCCUGCUCACUGUUACACUGGACCUGGAGACGUGGCGUGUGAUGUCUGCACUGGGAGAAAGCGCAAAGCCGUCAAGUCCUGUCUGGUGUGUCUGGCCUCUUACUGUGAAACUCAUAUCCAAUUUCACUAUGAAUCUCCUGCCUUUAAGAAGCACAAACUGGUCAAAGCCACUGGAAACCUGCAGGAGAAGAUCUGCUCUCAUCAUGACGAACCGCUGAAGAUUUACUGUCGUACCGAUCAGCAGUGUAUCUGUUAUCUGUGUACAAUAGAGGAUCACAGAGGCCAUGAUACAGUCUCUGUUUCGACAGCAAGAGCAGAGAAAGAAAAGCAGCUGGGGGCGACACAGAGUAAAUUCCAGCAGAGAAUCCAGGAAAGAGAGAAGGAGCUGCAGGAUCUAAGACAGGCUGUGCAGUCACUCAAGCGCUCUGCACAGGCAGCAGUGGAGGACAGUGAGAGGAUCUUUACUGAGAUGAUCCGCUCCAUUGAGAGAAGGUGCUCUGAGGUGAAAGAGCUGAUCAGAGAUCAGGAGAAGGCUGAAGUGAGUCGGGCUGAAGGACUCCUGGAGCGACUGGAGCAGGAGAUUGCUGAGCUGAGGAGGAGAGACGCUGAGCUGGAGCAACUUUCACACACAGAGGAUCACAUCCAUUUCCUCCAGAGCUCUAAGUCUCUCUGUGUCCCUCCUGGACCUGGAGACUUACCCACCAUCACUGUCAUUCCACACGUCUCUUUUGAGGCUGUGAGGAAAUGUGUCUCUGAGCUGAAAGAGCGACUGGAGUACGUCUGCAAGGGGGAAAUGUCUAAGAUCUCCAGGGCAGGCAGAGCAGUGGGUGUUCAUGGCUGCUUUACUGAAGGGGAGACCUGUCCCCUCUGCAUGGAGCCCUUUCAGAAGAAGCAGAGGCUGAUGUGUACUCAUGCCUUCUGUGCAGCCUGUCUGGAGAGAUCUGUAGAAAGACUGGGUCUCCAGUGUCCAGUGUGUCAACAAGCACUCAGAGUGCUGGGAGACCAGCCAGAGGGACAGAUGACAUGGAAAAUUUUAGAUCUUUUGCAUAUUGUCAUUGAAUACAAUAUUCCUGAUGGAAUACAGACAGAGGCCCAUCCCAACCCAGGGAAGCCCUUCACUGGAAUCCAAACACAGGCCUGUUUACCAGAAAGCCCAGUGGGCCAUGAGGUGGUGAAGCUGCUACAAAGAGCCUUUGAGCAGAAGCUGAUUUUUACUGUGGCUGCAACCCAUGGAGCUGCAGGCAGAGUCAUCUACACUGACAUCCCCCAUGCAUCAUCACCGGGUGAGUGUUACCUGCAUGGAUUCCUGCAGAGAGUGAAGGCAGUGCUCAGAGCCAAAGGCAUUGAAUGAUGAACUGAGACAUCCACUCAUUCAGUUAUAUCUUUUCACUAAAGUUAAUAGUUAUGGUUGUUUAAACCUUUUCGUCCUCAUGACUAUUUGUAUUUCUAAUUGCAUUAUGUGUACGUAUUAUCAUGUAGGUAUUUUAUGGAAUUCGUCUUGUGUUUUGCAUACACAUCGACAUGUAUUUCAUAUCUACUUUGCUCUCAUGUUAUUGCUGUAAAAAUGUUAUGUCUACCGCUGGCCUGCCAUCCGAGGGUGGUGUCCUGACAUUUCAGUUAAUGAAACAAAUCAACUUUUCACAUCCAUCUUCUAUCUGUGUAUCUGAUUCAUAAAGGAAUGAAUUAGCUGCACGGUAUAAAGUAUACAUAUGUUCAUGGAAUAUCUCCCCAUUAAAUGAUCAGAUGAAUUAAAAGGGUAAUAAGUAGUAGGGAUUCAGAUUUGUCUGCUUGGCUCGAUGUUAAAGUUCACGGGUGGAGUCAGACUGCUCUAUGUCUGUGUAACAGGUGAAGUAAUUCCCUGAGUCUGAGGUGGGAUUUGAACCCCGGCCUUCUCACCUGUCCAAAUUAUUUGUUGAACGAACGCGUUACCAGUCAGCUAAAGACAAGCUCGCCUCUAGCCAAGGGCAACAACGUUCUUUUGAAUUUGAGGGUUACGUCAUCGGGGAGUGUUGUCGCGAUAACCUGCUACCAGCCUACGCAUUCACCGCACCAUCCGUGCUUACUAGCGAACUAGCCGAGCCAACCACACUACAUCUGCAUGGUCCUAAUGCACUGAACCAGCUGCUCCAUCAGACUCUCUGACACAAGUGAGCAAGUCAGGGAUUUGAGGGCCUUUUAAAUGAUAUUCUGGAAAACUUUGAAUACUUCACCCUUUUUUAAAGGUAAAAAUACGUACAUAUUUAAACUUCCAGUGAGGCAUUAAUGGUUUUGGCCGUAUACGUUGGUGUAAACUGGUGUUGGCUCUCCAUAUUUUAUAUGAUACAGUCCUGUUUCCAACUUGAAAUAAAAAAUAAUCCAGAUUCCCAGGAAAUGGCUUCAGUACAUGUGUGUGAUGUGAUGUAAUUGGUUGUUUUAAGUAACAAAAUGUUAAAAUGAAUACAAAGAAAGAUAUUGUUGUUUUGCAGUCUGUCUCGAGAUAAUGGCAAACUGCAACUGUCUGAAGUUUUUUCUCUGGCAGAAAAGUUACAAACCGUUGAAGCAUGCAUACAGCACACACUUUGUUAACUCCUAAUUCCAUGUAGGGGCGUCCUGUGGCGUAGUGGUUAAGGUACAUGACUGGGACACGCUAGGUUGGUGGUUCUAUUGCCGGUGUAGCCACAAUAAGAUCCACACAGCUGUUGGGCCCUUGAGCAAGGCCCUUAACCCUGCAUUGCUCCAGGGGAGGAUUGUCUCCUGCUAAGUCUAAUCAACUGUACGUCGGUCUGGAUAAGAGCGUCUGCCAAAAUGCCAAUAAUAUAUAAUAUAGCAUAUAUAUAUUUGUACUUUGAGCUGUAACCAACGGUGAAUGCAGUUUGAGCAUGUUUGGCUUUGUGAUGACCCAGCUCAAUGGUCAUGAUAAAAUGGCAGCCACACAGCUUUAAUUUAAUGAAGAAAAUAAGGCCACAUUUAUUACAGACGCAAUACAUUUCGGAAAUAAUAAUUAGAUGUGACUGUCUAAUGUUGUGUAGGGCUGUUGUGUGUAUCAAAUGCGAAAGAACGCAAAAACAACAAAAAACAGGUGUCGGAGGGAAGAACAGCUGAUUUUAAUGGCUUUCAGCCAGCAGGUGCUCAGAUGAAGGGGCCAACAUUCGAGUGAUCAGUUUCACCAGAUGACAUGAAGGUUUCACCAGAUGACCUGAAGGUUUCACCAGAUGACAUGAAGGCACCCUCUACUGAUGUCUAUACUUUUGCUCAAGAAGCCCAUUUUCUCAUUGGCUCCAUUCAUGUUUGACAGAAAAUAACAAAUAUUUCCACACAUAUAUUGAUGCUUUCACUAUUUUACAUGCAGUGGGCUCCAGAAUUAUUUAAAUUAUCUUCAUUCUAAGCGGACCUUAGAAUAAAUGAUUUUUCUUUUUUAUUAUUACCUACUGCGCAUGUUGAUCAAUGAAAUAACAUCCAGUGCCUGGUGCUACAACUCUGCAGCAACAUGCAGUCUCACAAUAGUUCAUUUACUUCACAAAAUGCAUCAAAACUAGUUUUUUUGUCAUUCACAGAACAAGGAUCUAAAAAACGCCAACAACCAGUGGCAUUACAGUAGAUGCACUAUUUUCUGUCAGUUAUUUGCAAAUUAAACAUAUAGAUUUUGGUGGUUCAGCCUGAUAUUGUUUUAAAAGCAAUGAAAAAAUCAUUCCGUUUGGUCCACAUACAGUGCUCUUGUGCCAACUGUGUGAAAAGUUAAACUCUGUAUCAAGAAAUGCUUGUUGCAAUUGUAAAAAAAAUGCUUGUUGUAAUUGUAAAAAAAAAAAAAAACUGUGAAAGAAACGUUUGUUGUAAUGAUAUAUUUUUACAGCAUUCUGAUUUUGUUCAAUGAUUCCACUCUCUUCUACUGUUUCCACUAUUCCCUUUAUUUAGAACCACACAAAAAAAAACAUUUUCAAACAUGUAUCACGUAUUCUAACUGCAAUAUUAAAAUACUGUAAAAACAACUAAA